AACACGCAUAUGACGUCACGGUUCUUCAGGAGUGUAACCAGACACCUGGACCCUAGGCUCCGCCCCCUGAAGAGACCUUCUCCACUUUAUACGACCGGACUCUUAAAGUACUAAGUAACGUUAAGACUAUAGAAUACACUAAGUUAUCAAUAAGAAGCAGAUUCUAGAAGACACUAAGUUAAUACUAAGAAGACCUAAAGUUUCCCUAGAGGAGCGGGAGAAUCGGAGAAGAACCUCUCGGGUCGGACUUGUUGCGCAGCUGAAGUGGUCGGACGUGUUCGUACUGGAACUUGGAGGAGAUGGGCAGAAGUAAAUAGAACAUAGACAGAAGCUCCGUGUCCGAGAUGGAGGGCGAGAAGGAGAGGGAACACGGGGAGGAGGAGAAGGAGAGCGACGAGGCUGAAGACGAGGACCCAGAAGGAGCGGCUCUGGCCUGGCAGGAGGGGUCCGGGGAGCACCUGGGCUGGCAGGAGGGGUCCGGGGAGCACCUGGGCUGGCAGGAGGGGUCCGGGGAGCAGGAGGACCACCUGGGCUGGCAGGAGGGGUCCGGGGAGCAGGAGGACCACCUGGGCUGGCAGGAGGGGUCCGGGGAGCAGGAGGACCACCUGGGACUUCCCAUCAUGCACUGGGAGGCCCUCAGCCUGCGGAUCGCAGAGCUGGAGAAACAAGACCUUGCAAAACCCAAGAAGACAAAGGACGGGGUCUGUCCUCUAGAGCGGCGGGGGCUGCCGCGGUGCUGGACGGACGAGGGGCGGAGCCUGCGGAGCGCCGAGGUGUGGGAGGACCGGGAGGAGGAGGGGCACCUGACGGAGCUCACCUCCCGUCUGCAGACACGAGUCAACCUCCAACUGUGCUUCAUCAACGACAGCGAGAGUGAUGAAGAGGCUGAGAGAGAAGAAAAGAGCAAAAAGAGGGCGUUGGUGCAGGUGCCCCGCCAGACCCCCGCGGCCUCCACCGCCCAGGAGAAGAGCCGGCCCCUCAGCGGCCUCCGGAGGGCCCUAAGGGCGCUAAGGGCCCGGCUGAGGACAGACCUCACGCGCCAGGCAGUGGCCCCUAGAAGUCCCCUGGUGAGGACGACCCUGGACCAACGCGCCCUCCAGGGCUCCGACCCCAAGCAGCUGGGUGUCCUGAGAGCCUCCCUCAGCCAGGCCAUACAAGAUCUGAACUCGGAGCUGGUGGGUCUCCUCCAGACCAGAGACCAACUGAGGACCGAGCAAGAUGCCAUGCUGGUCGAGGUCCAGGACCUCACCUCUCUAUGACCUCACCUCUCUAUGACCACACCCCUAUGACCUCACCUCUCUAUGACCUCACCUCUCUAUGACCACACCCCUAUGACCUCACCUCUCUAUGACCACACCCCUAUGACCUCACCCCUAUGACCUCACCCCUAUGACCUCACCUCUCUAUGACCACACCCCUAUGACCUCACCUCUCUAUGACCUCACCCCUCUAUGACCUCCCUUCUCUGUGUCUCACUUCUCUAUGACGCUCUAUGACAUCACUUCUCUAUGACCUCACUUCUGUAUGACCUUUCUUCUCUAUGACCUUACUCCUCUAUGACGUUCUUUGACAUCACUUCUUUAUGACCUCGCUUCUCUCAGGCCUCACCUCUCUUUGAUCUCACUUCUCCAUGACCCUCUUUGAUGACCUCAUAUGCUAUUAUUAGCACGCUUCGUCGCUCCUUGGAUAGACCAAUGAAGACUCGGAUAUGAUCUUCAGCUCCUUGGAUGGACCAAUAAAGACUCGGAUAGGAUCUUCAGCUCCUUGGAUUGACCAAUAAAGACUCGGAUAGGAUCUUCAGCUCCUUGGAUUGACCAAUGAAGACUCAGAUAUUAUCUUCAGCUCCUUGGAUUGACCAAUGAAGACUCAGAUAUUAUCUUCCGCUCCUUGGAUUGACCAAUAAAGACCCAGAUAUUAUCUUCAGCUCCUUGGAUUGACCAAUGAAGACUCGCAUAGGAUCUUCCGCUCCUUGGAUUGACCUAUGAAGACCCAGAUAUUAUCUUCAGCUCCUUGGAUUGACCAAUGAACACUGCCAAAGCUGUCAUCAGUGUCUUGCUAUUUUUGCAUGUUUUCUUUUUAAGAAUGUGUGGAACUGUUUAACCCUUGUGUUAAGCUCCUUGACCAUAUAUUUGUUACUUUUUGUUAUUCCUAAAAAGCAUUAAGAUCUCCAUUUCAAGCUGCCUAUUAAGGACGUGUAUUUUUAACAUUUAAAAUGUUUUUUAAGACUGACCAGUUCAAAUAAUUAGUUUUUUCUAAAAAAAAAAACACACUUACCAAAAAAGUAUACAGUUUUCAAACGAAUGGAUCACCUGCCGCUAAUGUAACGUAUAUCUUUGUAAAAUCUAACUUAAUUUUUCCUGUGAAAAUAUUACAUUUAGAUUUUCCUCCCAGCUGUAAGAUGAUUUGAUGCUAGUGGUUCAUCAUUGGAUGCUAUUACAGGGCGAGGGAGUUACCCCACAUGUUGUUGGAUGAACUAACCUUACCAAAGGAAUCAACGUAAGCCAACAAUUAUAUUCAUGGGUCGCUGUAGUAUGCAAUAGGUGAAGAGUGGGAGAAUGUUACUGAUACUUCUGUCGAUCCAUCAUGCUCGACACAACGGUAAAGAAAUAAUAAAGUCUAAUGGAAUCCAA